GAGAGAGGAAAAAUCUAUGUUAAAGGUUCUGAAUAUUUUUUCCUCCCUUGUCUCUAAGAUUAAACAAAAUACACUACAAGCACGGAGACUCCAGGAUGAGGUCUGUCUGGCUCAAAGGAUUACUUCUUGCACUUGCUGUUUCUGCAACCAUGUUGUAUCUUGGCUCAAUUAAGACGGAGCUUCAUAACCACUCAGACAGACUCCAAAGGGCUCACUACAAUGACUCCAUCAGGGGUAGGGGAAUGCUCCAGCGAAUGGACAAGAUGGAAGCGGAUAUCAGUCAGCUGCUCAACCUACUGAAUAAACUUGAAAAGAGGAAACCAGAUCCACCGAUGAACACAGAUGUGAAAAAGGAGAGGACGGUGGUGAAGAAACUAUUCCCAAAUUCAAUGCUAUUCAGUAAAUGGGGUGAUGGGCUGUCAGAGGAGGAACAAAAGGAGGCAGAGCAGCUUUUUCAGAAGUAUGGCUACAAUGCCUUUGUCAGCGACAGGCUGCCACUUAACAGGGAAAUCCCUGACACCAGGCCUUCCAAGUGUGCCGAGAAAAAGUACCCAGAGGAUCUACCUACAAUCAGUGUUGUGUUAAUCUACCUGGAUGAAGCACUUUCAGUCAUCAAGAGAGCCAUUCACAGCAUCAUCGACAAGACACCAGCUCGGUUUCUGAAAGAAAUCAUACUGGUGGACGAUCACAGCACUAACGAAGACUUGAUUGGAAAAUUGGAUGAAUACAUCAACUCCAUCAAUGAUGAGCGUCCAGGCCUUUUGACAAAAAUCCGACACUCGGAACAACUUGGCCUUACUCAGGCCAGGCUAACUGGUUGGAGAGCUGCAGUAGGGGAUGUGGUGGCCAUCUUGGAUGCUCACAUAGAAGUCCAUGUGCAAUGGGCAGAGCCACUUCUAGCUCGUAUUAAAGAGGACCGUACUCUAAUAUUGACACCAGUGUUUGACAAAGUGGGUUAUGAUGACCUGACACUGACUGCCUACUCACCAGCUGCUGACGGCUUUGACUGGGCUCUGUGGUGCAUGUAUGAGUCCUUCAGACCAGAGUGGUAUGCUCUAAAGGAUGUGACACAGCCUGGAAAGAGCCCCUCCAUCAUGGGGAUACUUGUAGCUGAUCGCAAGUUUUUUGGAGAGAUUGGAAGCCUUGAUGGUGGAAUGAAAGUGUAUGGAGGGGAAAAUGUAGAGCUAGGCAUUCGGGUGUGGCUGUGUGGAGGAAGCAUAGAAGUUAUCCCCUGCUCUAAAAUUGCCCACAUUGAACGAGCAAAGAAACCUUACCUCCCAGACCUAAAUAUAAUGGUCAGGCGCAAUGCUCUCAGAGUGGCAGAAGUGUGGAUGGAUGAGUAUAAAUACAAUGUCAACAUGGCCUGGAACUUACCUCUUGAGAAUCAUGGAAUAGACAUUGGGGAUGUUUCAGAGAGAAAGAAGCUAAGGGAGAAGCUAAAAUGCAAGCCCUUCCAGUGGUAUCUGGACAACGUUUACCCAAUGCUAGACCAUCUACAUGGCUUCCUUGGUUAUGGUUCACUGAUAAAUGACCUGAAACCAGACCUCUGUGUUGACCGGGGGCCGAUGCCUGGAAACACACCCAUCAUGUACUCAUGCCACUACUUCAAAUCUCAGCAUUGUUUUUAUCACAUUAACGGAGAAAUGUACAUUGGAGGAGUCAAAUCUCACAAAUAUACCGACAACCGCUGUCUGGUGGACCCUGCUGCUGGCGUCUAUCCUGGACUGUACAACUGCAAAACAGCCAAGCAUAAGAAGCUUCACAUGUUGUGGGAUUUUAAACAAGGAGGGACUAUCCAAAACAGAGAAACCAAGAGGUGUCUGGAACUAGCCAUGGAUGAAGAUGGCUCCUACAGACUCAUCAUUCAGCCGUGCACAAAUCAGAGAUGGAAGAUACAGAAUCUGAGCAAAACAACUGACAAACUUGCAGGCAAGGCCUAAAAGAAAAGAUGAUGUAUUGUGUAAAAACAAUUUUUUUGGGGGGUACGCUUACAUUUUUCACCCAAAGACUUGGAUGGAACAAAGGAAAGAUGCAAAAUGAAUCACUGAGAAGAAAUAGGAAAUUCAAUUUAAUUUUGCAUCAUUUAUUUUUGACAUCACAAAACAUGCACUAUGAGUUUGAAUAUUGAUGUUGUUCCUUUGUUCGGAAUCCAAACUUAUGUUGUGCAAAUAUUUUUUAUGGGUUUUUUUUCAUGCUUUUUUUCACAACAGAGACUGUUGUACUAAACCCUUUCUAGAGGACAUUGAAAUGCUUACAAAUAUUGUUUUUUAUCAGCAACUUCAUUUUUUUUAACGUUAUUGUGACAUUUUCAGAUUCCAUCAUAGGUUACUUCAAUGUAUACUUGUACAUUUAAAAAAUCAUGCUCGAGCAUCAUGGGGUUUGUUAGUUUUACUACAGCAUUUCAUUUAAGCGCUAUUUGUUCUUUUGACUUUACUUGUGCCACAAAAAAUAAAAGUAAAGGCAGAAAAAACAUUAGCCACCAUUUUUUGUGAGACACCAGGAUAUCCUCCAUCAGGAUGUCAAGGGGAGUUUUCAUUGUACACAUUUAACAUUACCUGUUCAAAUAAAACAAAUGCAUAUUUGAUUUAGUUAAGCAACAUGACAUCAUUCAAGUCAAACAGGAUCUGCUACAGCUCAUUUAUCAUCUAUUAUUGGAAAUAAAGGAGUCCCAUUUCUUCUGCCACAUGAUGUAAGCUCUGUUCUUCAGAUCCUCUGGCAGCGAGCUGUACCUGCAGGCAGAAGCAAACAUGAGAUUAAGUACUUUCAACUGGUCAGUGAUUAUAUUAGAAAUUUUGGACUUGUCAUAGUAUAUAAUGACUUAUCUACUGCCAUGUAGAAGGAUGAUUUUAUGAUUCUUGCCUUUUUUUUUUUUUUUUUACAAUAAAAACAUUGAAUGCCAAAUAAAUACAUUUAAAGUUUAGUAAAGCAUUUAUUAUUUAAAGGCUAUUCACUAUUUUUGGGUGGCCAAGUUGGGAAUUGAGCAUUAUGUGCAGCACCGAUUUAUUCAAACUUUCACUAGUUGAUACCUUAAAGAAUGAAAAGCUUAAACCUAUAUUAACUGAUUAUGUGUGAAGGGAUAUGGGUUUAUUCAUAGUUAAUAGAAUAAUAAUCCCAGACUCAAGAGGUCAAUAAACAUACCAGUCUUUAUCUUAGAAUUAGCUCAUGUUCUGGUGGUCAGGAAUGGUAUUUUGUAAUUUUGUGUUGCAUUGAAAGUGCUGCUCAUAUCUUAUAAGCUCCCUCUAAAUUGGAUUCUCGUGAGCAGUUACUGGAUAAAAAUGUUGACAGCACACACUGUAAAGACUGUACAUUGUAAAUGAAUUCACACAGAUGUUUAUUGGAACAAGUCAGUGACACAUGGACUGAAGCACAUUUUCUACUAACAUAGAAUAUCUUGUACGAGCCUCAAAUAUAAUUAAACUCUGUGUGCAUCUCAUUUCCUGAAUGACCUAUUUUUGAAAUCAUCUCUUCUGAUAAGGGCAUAUACAGAGAAUUUUGGUGCUGCCAAGAGCAGAAGUUUUGGGCUUUAAUUGACAUUAUGUGACUACUGUAAUGAAAAGCAAAACUGACGGUCUUAAUACUUA